AUUAAAUGUUGGAGGAAGUAGGAGCUUGAAUUUCUUACUGCUCUGCAGGACCGGCAAGGUUGUCUGGUGAAAUGUUCAUGAAGAUGGGAUAUGCUGUGACCCACACACACUUGAGCCCACGCUUUGGAUACCUUCUCUGAGGCAUGAAGAGAGCGGAAGCUCAGUCUGACCAUGACAUUUGGAGGUGGUCCUUUGCAAGGAUACUAGGAUUGGAUCCCAUCAGAUCAUUGGAGUAGAAGCCUAUGAAUAAAUACUGCUAGUUUAAUUGAAGCAGGGAUGUGACCGGAAUGCAUACACAUGUCCCCAUCUCUCCCCAGGUGCAGCGCUGGGAUUCUGCUCUCAGGGUCAUUGCGGGAUGUGACUGACCCCUUGUCGGCAGAGCAGAACUGACCUCUACCCAUGUGGAGAUGUUCUGAAGAAUAGCAGGGACCUCAGGAAUGUCUAUGGCCAUACAAUGACUAAACCAAAUUCCCUCAUCUUCUAUUGUAUCAUUGUUUUAGGACUGACAUUUAUGAAAAUCCAAUUAUCUGAGGAAAGUGAGCUUAUCAUAAAGAGGCCAAAUGCAAACCUUACCAGAGUGCCCAAGGACCUACCCUUGCAAACAACUACUGUAGAUCUAUCACAAAACAAUAUAUCUGAGCUUCAGACUUAUGACAUCCUCUCACUGUCCAAGCUGAGGGUCCUGAUAAUGUCCUACAACAGACUCCAGUAUCUUAAUAUCAGUGUUUUCAAAUUCAACACAGAGCUGGAAUAUUUGGAUUUGUCCCACAACGAGCUAAGGGUGAUCUCGUGCCACCCAACAGUCAGCCUCAAGCAUUUGGACCUCUCCUUUAAUGCCUUUGAUGCCAUGCCCAUAUGCAAAGAAUUUGGCAACAUGUCCCAACUACAGUUCCUGGGACUGAGCGGUUCCCGGGUACAAAGUUCAAGUGUGCAGUUGGUUGCUCAUUUGAACAUCAGUAAGGUUUUGCUGGUGUUAGGAGAUGCUUAUGGGGAAAAAGAAGACCCUGAGUCUCUUCAGCACAUCAGCACUGAGACUCUUCAUAUUGUUUUCCCAUCGAAAAGAGAAUUCCGUUUUCUUCUGGAUGUGUCCGUCAGCACUACGGUCUGUUUGGAACUGUCUAACAUCAAGUGUGUGCUUGAAGACCAGGGCUGCUCUUAUUUCUUACGUGCUUUGUCAAAGCUCAGAAAGAAUCCGAAGCUCUCAAAUCUUACCCUGAACAAUGUGGAAACAACGUGGAAUUCCUUCAUUAAUAUCUUCCAGAUAGUCUGGCAUACGCCGGUCAAGUAUUUCUCAAUUUCAAAUGUGAAGCUACAAGGUCAACUUGCCUUCAGGAUGUUCAGCUAUUCUGACACUUCUAUGAAGGCUUUGUCGAUACAUCAAGUGGUCAGUGAUGUCUUCAGCUUCCCCCAAAGUUACAUAUACAGUAUCUUUGCCAAUAUGAACAUCCAAAACUUUACAAUGUCUGGAACACACAUGGUCCACAUGCUUUGCCCGUCCCAAGUUAGCCCAUUUCUGUAUGUGGACUUUACAGAUAACCUUUUAACAGACAUGGUUUUUAAAGACUGUAGAAACUUAGUUAGAUUGAAAACACUUAGUUUACAAAAGAAUCAGUUAAAAAACCUUGAGAAUAUAAUUCUUAUGUCUGCGAAGAUGACAUCCCUACAAAAGUUAGACAUUAGCCGGAAUUCUCUAAGGUACAGGGAGCGGGGAAUCCCAUGCUCCUGGACCCAGAGUUUGUUAGUUUUAAAUUUGUCUUCAAAUAUGCUUACAGACUCUGUCUUCAGAUGCUUACCUCCCAAGGUCAAAGUCCUUGACCUUCACAACAACAGGAUAAUGAGCAUCCCGAAAGAUGUCACCCGCCUGCAGGCUUUGCAGGAACUCAAUGUAGCAUCCAACUCUCUAACUGACCUUCCUGGAUGCGGGACCUUCAGCAGCCUUUCUGUGCUGCUCAUCGACCAUAACUCAGUUUCCCAUCCCUCCGAGGAUUUCUUCCAGAGCUGUCAGAAUAUUAGCUCCCUAACAGCGGGGUACAACCCAUUCCGAUGCACGUGUGAGCUGAGGGACUUUGUCAAGAACAUAGGCCGGGUAGCAAGAGAAGUGGUGGAGGGUUGGCCUGACUCUUACAGGUGUGACUACCCAGACAGCUCUAAGGGAACAGCGCUGCAGGACUUCCACCUGUCUCCGCUGUCCUGCAAUACCGUUCUGCUGACUGUCACCAUCGGGGCCACUAUGCUGCUGCUGGCUGCCACUGGGGCUUUCCUCUGUCUCUACUUUGACCUGCCCUGGUAUGUGAGGAUGCUGUGCCAGUGGACACAGACCAGGCACAGGGGCAGGAACAUCCCCUUAGAGGAACUCCAGAGGAACCUCCAGUUCCAUGCUUUUGUCUCAUACAGUGGGCAUGAUUCUGCUUGGGUGAAGAACGAAUUACUACCCAACCUAGAGAAAAAUGACAUCCGGGUUUGCCUCCACGAGAGGAACUUUGUCCCUGGCAAGAGCAUUGUGGAGAACAUCAUCCAUUUCAUUGAGAAGAGUUACAAGUCCAUCUUCGUGCUGUCUCCCCACUUCAUCCAGAGCGAGUGGUGCCAUUAUGAACUCUACUUUGCCCAUCACAAUCUCUUCCACGAAGGCUCUGAUAACUUAAUCCUGAUCUUGCUGGAACCCAUUCCCCAGUACUCCAUCCCUACCAAUUACCACAAGCUCAAAACUCUCAUGGCACGAAAGACCUAUCUCGAAUGGCCCACAGAGAAGAACAAACAUGGACUGUUUUGGGCAAACCUAAGAGCAUCCAUUAAUGUUAAGCUGGUUAACCAGUAGAAGCAACGUGUUACACACAGCAAUAAGAAUAUCCACCUCUUUGGUGUUGCUGCUCGGGGGAGUUCUAACAAUAGUACCAUUCAUAUCAGCAAGAUGCUAAAAAUGGUUCUGACUUUACGAUGUUUGCCAUUAGUGUUUUCUAAUAAAAAUU